GUAUGUCCCAUCACCUUAUAAAUAAUGUGCAAUAAGCAAUGUUCAGAAGAAACCCUAGAAGCCAACCGCAGAAGAUGGCGGCCAUUUUGGGGCAGCUGUGGUGGGGAGGGGGGGGUCACUGUGGCCCCAACAUUCUGCAGACAGCCGUCACCUCAGGGACAGAAACGUCAGCAGUCAGAGCGCUUUGCACAGGAGACGCUGUACAGAGGAACAACAGGGAGGAAACAAGAGGAAAUAUCAGCGCUGAGCCCUGAGCAGCACACGAGGAUGAGUACCAGCAGGGGCGGGACACUGGACAGGGGUGGGACACGGGAAAGGGACGAGACUAUGGAAAGAGGUGGGACUCUGGAAAGAGGUGGGACUCUGGAAAGGGGCGGCACUCUGGAAAGGGGCGUGGUUCAGCUCCAGUCCUCGGAGGAGGGGCCUGAGUCGACCCCGAGCCACGCCCACCUCCACCACGCAAGCUCAGUGGUUUCCACGGCACCGGCGGGCAGAGGGGCGGGGCCGGUGGUGCCCCCCCCGUACUCGGCGGCCGGAGGGGCGGAGCCUGCUCUGGAGCUGCGCAGCUCUCUGGACUGCUGGGCGUGCUCCGUGCUGGUGACUGCGCAGAACAUGCUCAUCACUGCACUCAACCUCGCCCUGGCCGCUGCCAUCUUCUGCCUCAUCCUCACACCCUCCAUCCUCAUGGUCACAUUCGGCUUCCUCUGCCACUCCACGGUGCGGCCCACAGGCACCGCGGCGGUGUGCUCGGACCUGCUGACGGACGGCGGGGCGGUGGCCCUGCUGGUGGUGGGCUUCCUGCUGGUCACGCCGCUGCUGGUCCUGGCGCUGGCCGCGUACUGCCGCCUGGCCCGCCACCUGCAGCUGGGGCUCUGCUUCAUCCCCUACAGCCGCGCCGUCUACAAGAACCCCCCCGCCACCCUGCACCGCGGCCUGCCCUGCUGCAGCCAGGGGGCGCCAGAGAGCAGGCCAGCGUGUGGGUCUGAGGGAGGGGGGUGA